AGCGGGUCGGAGCCGCCACGGGCGCGCUGCGCACUGCAUUUCCAGCCUCAGCAAUCGGCCUUGCGCCCCUAUCCGCAUCCGCACUGCUGCCUCGCCUGGGCCAGGCCCCCAGAGCAAAGACAAAGCAGCUGCCUGGGAGGUUCCUCAGGAGCUGAAUUUACCUGCAGCUGCCGGGAACCACAGGCUCCAAGAUGGUUUGCGGGGGCUUCGCGUGUUCCAAGAACUGCCUGUGCGCCCUCAACCUGCUCUACACGUUGGUUAGUCUGCUGCUAAUUGGAAUUGCUGCAUGGGGCAUUGGCUUCGGGCUGAUUUCCAGUCUCCGAGUGGUCGGUGUGGUCAUUGCAGUGGGCAUAUUCUUGUUCCUGAUUGCAUUAGUGGGGCUGAUUGGAGCCGUAAAACACCAUCAGGUGUUGCUAUUUUUUUACAUGAUUAUUCUCUUACUUGUAUUUAUUGUUCAGUUUUCUGUAUCCUGUGCUUGUUUAGCCCUGAACCAGGAGCAACAGGGUCAGCUUCUGGAAGUUGGUUGGAAUAAUACAGCAAGUGCUCGAAAUGACAUCCAGAGAAAUUUAAAUUGCUGUGGGUUCCGAAGUGUUGACACAAAUGAAACCUGUUUGGCUAGCUGUGUUAAAAGCGGCCACCAGUGCUUACCAUGUGCUCCGAUAAUAGGAGAAUAUGCCGGAGAGGUCUUGAGAUUUGUUGGUGGCAUCGGCCUCUUCUUCAGUUUUACAGAGAUCUUGGGCGUUUGGCUGACCUACAGAUACAGGAACCAGAAAGAUCCUCGUGCUAAUCCUAGUGCAUUCCUUUGA